AUGAAAGCUUUGCUGUGGAGACUUAUCACUAUUGCAGCAGUAUUGGUGCUCCCAAUCUUCUAUUUCAUUGAUGAAAACCCCUUUGAUACUACAAGUUUUCUAUCUUGGAGGGAAAAGAAGAUGGUAGCUUGGCAGAGAGCCCGGAUGCAGAUCAGCCCUGUUAAAACAAGCCACCUGAAAACCUUCAAAGAUAUGCAGAGAAACUCAGAACCACUCAAAAAUGUGAGCUCCCGUAUCUUGAUUGGAGCCCUUCCGAUGGAAAAAAAACUGCUGACCAUAGGAAUUUCCUCGGUGUGGCGUCCCCGAGGGAGCUACCUCUUGGACACCCUGCAAUCUCUCUUCUUUGCUUCCUCCCUGUCCGAACGAAAACACUUCAUUGUUCUGGUACAACUGGCCGAUCCUGACCCCAAGUGGCUUGAUCAAAUGAUCUCCAACAUCUCAACUCUCUUUAAAUCAUAUGUCCAGGCCAGACAGCUAGUAGUGAUGACUACUCCUCUCAACAGCUAUCUUCCCUUGAAGGGCCUUAAGAAAUACUUUAAUGACACCCCCACCUAUGUAGUCUUUCACUCCAAGCAGAACAUGGAUUAUGCCUUCCUUAUGAACUUUGCUACCAACCACUCUGAUUACUUCCUGAUGAUCGAAGAUGACGUGAAAUGUGCCCCUGGAUUUGUCACCCAGAUUGCUUCCAUACUGUCUGCCUGGGAGAGGAAACCUUGGGUGACUCUGGAGUUCUCCCAGGUGGGCUUCAUUGGAAAACUCUUUCAUACCAGAGACCUCCCCUGCUUUGUUCGUUUCCUUCUCCUCUUCUACCAAGAAAUGCCCUGCGACUCCCUUCUCUCCCAUUUCCUUGACAUUCUCAUGCAGAAAAAACCAAUCCGGUUCUUCCCCUCCCUCUUCCAGCACACGGGCCAGUACUCUUCCUUUGAAGGCAAAUUCAAUAGGCUCAAAGAUGAAGAAUUUAAGGAAAAUGACACUGGCUCUCCCAGCAACCCUGCUGCCACCAUUUACACUAACCUAAAUGUUACCAAUGGCUCUGUUCUCAUGAAUGCCUAUAGCUUGGAUGAGAAUUUCUUUUAUAUCAAGGAGGCUAAGGCUGGAAGCCAUCUGACUGUGCUUUUGGACAUACCUGCUGUAGUGUUCCGAAUUCAAGUGCUGACUGGCUCUGCACUAAAGAAGGAGAAUCAGUUGGAAGAGGGGCAAGUAGAACUGGGCUAUGACUCUACUAACAGGAUCAAUGACUGUGACGACUAUAUUCUGCUGGGGCUCCUCAUAAAUGGCAUCCUGGAUAAACACGUAUUAUCUGAAGAGUCUGGGAAGAAGGUGAAAUGUGUGAGAGUCCUUGUAACAGCCACUCUACCCUCUGGAUUAAUAGUCAGGCACAUCAACCUCUGGAUUAAGGAAACUGAGAAAUACAUAGAGAAGCCAUUGGAAGUUCUGGGUGUGGUCAGGUUGGAGGUAGAGUCUACAAAGGUAACAAAACAUUAA